UUGAGGCUGCUGAAGCUGAGUAGUUUCCUGUUACCAGUACCCUAUUAAGCAGUUGUAAUUUGAAGAUAAAACUCAGCCUUCCAGCCAAAACACCAUCCGGGGAGCUAAGAGCACCUUAUAUAGCUAAAAUAUUUUGCUUUCAAAGUUGGAACGUCAGAGAGACAUGAAAAUCAUGCUGUCCCUUCCUGUGAUGGUAGUAUUGGCUCUCUCAGUUUGCUGCUACUCUUAUGAGCCAAGUACUUUACCUGAUACAAGAGACAAACAGUUUAUUGAGGAGUGUGUGACAGCUCAUAACCGUUUUCGGUCCCGGGUGAAUCCAGCAGCCAGCAACAUGCUUCACAUGAGCUGGGACCCUGAUUUGGCAAAGACAGCCAGAGCAUGGGCAAAGACAUGUCAGUUUAAACAUAAUAUCUAUCUCAAGAUACGCGGGAAGGCCCACCCUACCUUUACUUCUGUUGGAGAAAACAUCUGGACUGGGUCUCUCCACAUUUUUUCUGUGACUGCAGCCCUCACUAGUUGGUACAAUGAAUUCAAAGACUACGCCUAUGGCACCAACACUUGCACCAACGUGUGUGGCCAUUACACUCAGGUUGUUUGGGCGACAAGUUACAAAGUUGGCUGCGCUGUUCACUUUUGCCCUACAGUAACAGGGUUUCAUGGAUCGAAGGCAGCCCAUUUCGUUUGCAACUAUGGGCCAGCUGGGAAUUAUCCGACACAGCCUUAUAACACGGGAGCAGCAUGCAGCAAAUGCAACGGUGAGAAGUGUGUGGAUAACCUAUGUGAAAAUCCAGAGCGUGAGAAAGUCAUAAGUAACUCUGGAUGGUAUCCAGACUGGGACAAGUAUCCAGACCAGGAUAAAGCCAUGUGUGACCAGUACUGCAUCACUGUUCUAAUUUUAAGGCCAUCGCUAAUUGUACUGACUUUUGGAGCUGUCUGGUUUCUACAGAAGCAUUAUCCCCAAAUAUCUGUAAGUGACUAAUAUGCAUUUGAAAGAUUGCAGGAACACUUUGGGCUAUUCUGCUCCUAUUCCAAGUGCAGAUUUCCCAUUAUUAGUGUGUGGGGAGUGGGGGGGAAUCUAACACAAUGAUCUGUAGAAUGAGGCCUAUUUUAUUAAUGAUAAAUUGCAUGUGAUUUGAAAAUAGAUAAAUGCAAAAAAGCCACCCACAACCCUUAAUCCAAGGUAACUAUCUGAAUAUAGGUGAAGGCUCACUGUAAGUCACUUGGUUAAGGGCCAGAGUUCAAGGCAUGAAUUCACCCUUCUCUUUUACGUGCCCUGAUAUUUGAGGACCUAACUGCACAAGCUUAAGGACAUAUUAACAUACAGCUAAUUAGUGCUGUCCUUACCCACAAGGAUAGUUGAAUAGAAGUCAAUUGGAUUACCUAUGUGAGUAAAUGAGGCAAGAUGUGGCCUGUAACCUUUUGCAUUUGACACUGUAGGUGUUUGGUUUUUGUUUAAAUGUUUGAGGGGAUGAAGAGAAGAGUCACAAGUUCCUUAGCUAGCAGGCACCCUCAGUCCAGCCAAAGGCCACCUGAUGCCCUUCCUCAUCCUCCUGCACCUCAGUCAUAUGUGCAUUUCUUGACAGGCACCAGUUAGUGGCAGGUGACUAGUGUUUGUUCGUACUGUGGGCUGAGCACCGGAUAUAGCCGUGCAGUUAUUGAAAUGUGCAUUCCCUCUCAGAGCUUGCAAAGCAUAAACUUUUGUAACUGGAAAACUACUGAUUAGAUUUUCUUCACUUCGAUCUUUUGAUUAGAUUGUGAGCUCUUUGAGACAGAGACUGUGUCUUUAUUGUUGGGUGGAAAGCACCUAGCAUGUUGUGAGGACUACCAGAAUAUAAAGAACAAUAAACUCAUGCUUUCUAGAGUUUAAUGAAGUCUAAAAGCAAGUCAAAUAGAAGAAAAUACUUCAAACUUGCAUUAAAAGUUAUCUAUUUCACUUUAUACAAUGUGCAUCAUAAUUCAAUAGUUACAUAGCCUAAACAAUGUUUACCUACAAGGGGCCCAAUCUUGCAAACACUUAGGCAUGUGAGUAGCUCUGCCUAUGUGAACAAACCCAUUAGUUUAACUAUGCAAAAGAAUAAAAGGACACAAAUCUGACAUCAGAAAUCAUAACAUUAAAAAACCAGUAGGAGAACACUUCAACCUCUCUGGCCACUCAAUAACAGACUUAAAGAUAACAAUUUUGCAACAGAAAAGCUUCAAAAAAACAGACUCCAACGAGAAACUUCUGAACUUGAAUUAAUUUGCAAACUAGAUACCAUUAACUUGGGCUUGAAUAGAGAUUGGGAAUGGCUGGGCUAUUACACAAAUUGAUUCUAUUUCCUCAUGUUAAGUAUCCUCACACCUUCUUGUCAACUGUCUGAAAUGGGCCAUCUUGAUUAUCACAAAAGUUUUUUUUCCCUCCUGCUGAUAAUAGCUCAUCUUAAUUAAUUAGCCUCUUAGAGUUGGUAUGGCAACAUCCACCUUUUCAUGUUCUCUGUAUGUAUAUAUAUCUUCUUAAUAUAUGUUCCAUUCUAGGCAUCUGAUGAAGUAGGCUGUGCUCAAAUAAAUUUGUUAGUCUCUAAGGUGCUGCAAGUACUCCUGUUCUUUUUCCGGAUACAGACUAACACGGCUGCUACUCUGAAACCUGUCAUUAGCUUAACUGACUACUU